AUGCUAUUAGCUCAGAUAGGAAGACUUAACUUUGGUCGUUGUUAUGCAGCGGGUGCAGAAUUCCUGAGAGAUGUUCCCUUGACGAAGCGAGAUGGUGAAACAGUCAAAGUGGAUGAUCUGAAAAAUAAAAAAUGGUACGAUGAAGCGGCAAAAGACGAGGAUAUUGAAAUAGUUUGGAUUUCUCGUGAUCGUGAGGCGAAACACCAGUUAGAUUAUUAUAACAAAGCACUCCCUAAUGUGCCAUAUAUCCCAUUUGGUGACAAACAUAUUUCAGAAUUCCUGCAGAAAUAUGCUGUGGAAACGAUACCCACUGCAAGGCUAGUAAAUAGCAAUGGCGAAGUAGUCGAUCAAGAAGUCAGAAAUAAAAUUCAGGAUGAAGGUCAAGUCGACGCUAGAAAGCUGGCGAAGGAGUUUCGAAACCGCGUGUAA